GUUUGUGUAUGUGUGGUGUAUGAAUGUGUGUGCAUCAGGAUGAGUGUUCCCAUGUUAAAGAUUGGUGCGGUGCUCAGCACCAUGGCUAUGGUAACUAACUGGAUGUCCCAGACUCUGCCGUCACUGGUCGGACUCAAUGGAACCAUCAUCUCCUCUGAGGGCACACAUGAGCGGAUCGUCAGUGGUUUGUAUCCAGGCUCAGAGGAGGGCUGGCAGGUGUACAGCACGGCUUCAGAUCCUGAUGGCAGGUGCGUGUGCACGGUGGUCGCCCCGGCACGAAACCUCUGCAAACGAGACCCUCGGAGUCGACAACUACGCCUGCUGACUGAACAGGUUCAGAAUGUGAGUCAGUCCAUGGAGGUCGUAGACCUGCGGACAUCCAGAGACCUGCAGUACGUCCGAGACUCUGAGCCACUGCUGAGAGGAGUGGACGGACGUUUACACACUUAUGUGGCCAACCCCCGCACUCUGACGGCAAAGGGCCUGCAGGAGUUAAAGGGCCAGAUGUCUCAGUUACGGCCCCUUCUGUCAGUGGUUGAGCAGUACAGAUUGGACCUGCAGACGCUGGCCACCCUGCGACUCGAGCUCCUCAACCUGUCAGUCAUCCUGACAGCUAUUCAGGAAGAGAUCGGAGCGUAUGACUAUGAGGAGCUUCAGCAGAGGGUUUUGCUGCUGGAAACCAGGCUACACAGCUGCAUGAACAAACUGGGUUGUGGUCGUCUGACUGCAGUUAGCGGACCGAUCACCGUGAGAGCCUCGGGGUCCCGCUUUGGCUCCUGGAUGACUGACGCCAUGAUUCCCAGCUCCGACAGCAGGGUGUGGUCGAUGGACGGCUACUAUAAGGGCAGGCGUGUGUUGGAGUACAGGACCAUGGGGGAUUUCACCAAAGGCCAAAACUUUGUGCAGCAUCUGUUGCCACACCCCUGGGCAGGAACUGGCCACGUGGUCUACAACGGGUCACUGUACUACAACAAACACCAAAGCAACAUCUUGGUUCAGUACCAUUUCCGUUCUCGCAGUGUGUUGCUCCAGCGCAGCCUGAGCGGAGCCGGAUACAACAACACUUUCCCCUACAGCUGGGGAGGAUCCUCUGACAUCGACCUCAUGGCUGAUGAGACGGGACUCUGGGCUGUCUACACCACCAUCCCAAAUGCUGGAAACAUAAUGGUGAGUCGUCUGGACCCUCGUUCGCUAGAGGUGCUCCAGAGCUGGGACACAGGGUUUCCUAAGCGCAGCGCGGGAGAAGCCUUCAUGAUCUGCGGUACCCUGUAUGUCACCAACUCCCACCUGGCUGGGGCCAAGGUCCACUUCGCCUACCACACCAACUCCUCCACGUACGAGUACACCGACAUCCCCUUCCAUAACCAGUACUCCCACAUCAGCAUGAUGGACUACAACCCCAGAGAGAGAGCGCUGUACACCUGGAACAACGGACACCAGGUCCUUUACAAUGUCACACUGUUUCACGUCAUCCGGAGCGACGGAUAGAUCGACACGUAGGAAAUGGUAAAAAAAAAAAAAAAAUAGAAAUAUAAUAGAGAUGUGGAGACAGAUUAUUCAAGGGUACUGCAGCUUGCACCACACUCAUACACACACACACACACACACACCCACACACACACACGCCCACACACACACAAUGGCCAUUCAUGUCCACAGGAAAAUGAGUAUUAUCUGUGUUUGAAUUUGAAUGACUUCUAGACUGCGAAAGCUCACUGAGCUAAUAACUAGACACAAUACACGGUUGUUGAACACCAGUCUAAAGGUCACAGACAAGAGUAUUCAUCACGGCGAAGAUGAAAAUUAACUGCCUGUGCUACAGGGACACUGAAAGAAGGAAGUCAGACAGUUUGAGCUCAUCCAUAUUCUGUUAGGUUUCAUUCCACUCGUGUCUCAAGAAGUGAUUUUGGAAUUUGAGGUUGAAUUGUCCAGAAAAAAAAAAAACGCAGCUCGUGAACUGAA